AUGUACUUUCCUUCAUUGAUCCUGGCUGCUGGCAGCCUGUCUACUCUCAUUCAAGCCAUUCCUCAUGGUGCCAAGGCCCAUCACUCCUUUCACCGUCGCGCCGCUGCCACCUAUGCUGUCAUGGGCGGUAACGGAGAGGUCUCCGACGGAUGGCCUUCCAUGAGCCAGUGGUUGGAGUACGAGACUCUCUGGGGUCUCAAUCAAAUUCUUAUUGCCGCAUCAUGCGACAACUCUGACGACGAAACAAGCGACAUCAACACUAGCAUCAAGUCGAUCGCUAGCGAAACCGGCGUGGACGCUCGAUUCAUCCUUGCAAUUAUUAUGCAAGAAAGCAAGGGCUGCGUUCGUGUUCAGUCCACCAACAACGGUGUCGAGAACACUGGUCUCAUGCAAAGUCACGAUGGCGAGGGCUCCUGCAACAAGGAUGGCAGCAAAACGACUCCCUGCCCCUCCUCCAUGAUCAACCUGAUGAUCCAAGACGGCACCGCUGGAACUAGCCAGGGCGACGGUCUCAAGCAGUGCUAUGAGGCCCAGACCGGCGGCACUGCGGCCAAAUACUACAAGGCCGCCCGCAGAUACAACUCUGGCUCUAUCGCCCCGUCUGGCAACCUCGGCCAAGGUGGCGCAACCCACUGCUACGCCUCUGACAUCGCCAACCGUGUCCGCGGCUGGGCCGGUGACGUGAGCGAGUGCGUUGAAUCUACCAUUGGAACCAUUUCUAGCGGUGCGGAGCCGGUCCCCCUCGGUGGUGACGACGCCUCAAGCAGCUCUUCCACCUCAACCGCUGCUGAGCAGCCCACGGAGACUGCUGAGCCUAUCCAGACCUCCAGUGCUGCAGAGCAGCCUGCCGAGACUACCGAGCCUACCCAAGCCUCCUCCGCGUCUGCCGAAGCCGCCCAGGCAGCCGAGACAUCGUCCGUCGCAUUCUCCGCCACAACCACUGAGACAACCUCCGUGGCACCCGCCACAGCUUGGACUCCCAACGCAAACGUGCACUCGGCCGCGCCGACCACCACCCCCACACCAUCCUGGACAACUAGGUCCGCGCCAGCCGCAACCACUGCACCGGCAGCCCCCAGCUCAACCGAAACAGCCCCUCUUUACCCCUACGCGUCCUCAUCGUGCCAAAAAUACUACACCGUCGCAGAGGGCGAUUACUGCGCCAAGUUGACCGACACUAUCGGAGUCACUUUCCCCGAUCUCCGCAGCUUGAACCCUGGCCUCGACGAGCAGUGUUCGAAUUUAUGGCUCGGAUAUCAGUACUGCAUCCAGGCUUAA